AUGCCACCGUUACCCACCAAGAAACCCUCGUCGCAAUUUCUUAUAUCCUCAACGCUCGCAGCCAUAGCCAACCACUUCAAACCCCACAAAGCAGAGGCUCUCCAACGUAUACGGCCGAACGCCGUCUGUCUCAUAGCUGCUCUUAUGCUGUCUUAA